GUUUUAUCUUUUGUUUGGUGGGAUCUGCACAGGAGCAAGAUCCAAGAUCGUUAUUUCAGAUAAGAACCAUUCGAAUUAGUAUUCAAUUUCAAGAUGAGCCUAUCCGGCCAGCAGCAGCAGGGGGAGGAGCUGUCAUACAUGAAGCAAUAUUUUCUGGAGGAGGCUGCAGGGCUUUUUGGCGAAUCUGUUUUCAAUUCGUACAUCUUGCCGCACCUCAAAGAUUCCGCUCCGUUUCAUUCUUUCGCUGAAUUUGAGCAGCUGCUGAAGAAAAAUCACGCGUGUCGUGGGCCUCCUUCCGAUACCGACGAGAAGGAAGCGAAACACAUUGCAGCAGCCUGCUGUGGAGCUUCAAGCUUGAGGCGACCUGCUUUUUUCGAGAAGAAUUCGGUUUUGACCGUCACACACCGACUCGAGAAUGUUCUCAAUGAGGUCAUAGAGCAGGUAGAUUGUGACGUGAAGCAUCUACUAAACAUCGCCACGACCUCCACUGCUGAACAAAGCGAGGCAGCAAGCGACGAAGACUUCGCAUCGCAACUGCUGAGGCGAGCGGAUCAGGUGGAGGCGUUCGUUGAGGAGAGUGUCGUCCAGAAGUUGAAGUCCAUCCAUGACGAAUGGGAGGCGCGUGCUGACGAGGCCGACAGAAUCCACCGGGAGCAGUUGAAGGCCCUCGAUUCGUAUCCGGACCUGAUGCGGGAAAAGUUUGGCCCGGUUAUUGGUUCGGAAGAACAGACCAGAAGUUUCGCGAGUUUGCUCCCGAUGGUCGAUUUUCAGAUCGUGAACUGCGCUGGCGACGUGAUUGUCUCCGGGAGUACCCCCUGUGUUGCGCGGCUUCCGACUGGUGAGUGCUCUCCCGAGUUCGACGAGCUUACUUGCCAGUUCGUUGGCCUCUUUGGGACCACGGAGUGGCGCGAACUCGACCUCCUUGUUCCGGGACCGGAAGCGGAGUCCCACGAGUUCGGCGGUGUGCUCGACAUGAACGUGCGCAACACCAUUCUUUGCGCGAUUGGUUUCAAUACCACGCUACAAGCUUGCAACUUUGCUAAGGUGUGUACUGAAGAACUUGGCCGAGUGUUCCAGCUCCCACCUAAUCUCGGCAGCUUCGUCCCCGCAUGCUUGAGCUCAUCUUCUUCGGAUGGAGAACGCAGUUGUGCCAACAUCGGGGAAAAGCUUCAGCAGCUUGCCAAUGAUAGCCAAGAAAGGACUUGCCGAGAGAAUGAAGCCCAGAUGAAUGUGUGGAAUGUGCCGAGAUUACUGGACGAGAUCCAAAGGCAACGCAGCGACCGCAGUCAAGGUGGAUGGACCGAAGAGAAGAAGUGGAAAAAGAGCCAUCCGGGCAGCUUCAAUCUGAUCUAUCGACUUUCAGGGGAGUACAGAAUGAGGACGUUCGAUAGAAGGGGUGCGUCACGCCAUCUGUCCCAGACACGCCGCUUUGAGACCAGAACAGACAGUCGUUUGGUGGAGUACAAAAUGGUGCGCUGUCUCGCCUUCACACUCGACCCCUUCACGGGCGAUGUCGUUGACUUUGGAGUGUGUCGUUUAGGAAUGGGGACCUUCAGCAUGAACACGACUCGGGAGCUAGAACGCUUCGCGUUCGAGCACUCCCCUAGCUUACCCACACACAUGCAGUGUCGGCGUCCAGUGGACUUUUUUUUCUUUUCUGUGGAGCAGCGACAGAGGAGCUUUGCUGAAGGAAAAAAAAGAUGGGCUACAGGCAGCCAAAUCACAGUUAUUUCCCCGGAGGAUUGGCGCGUCCAGAAUUACAAAGUACUGGUGCGGUACAUCAAUCCGUUUUGGGACGCGGCGGAAGAUCGCGUCAACGAGUCACUGGCGCGGGCCGCCACACCGAGCCGACUACUGGAAAAAAUCGGUAUUUCUUCGGACCAGAUCUUGGAAGACUUUUACUUCUUCGAAACCGAGGAUGAGGCGCUCGCAUUUGUCGCGGACUACAACACUCUCUCAAAGAUUUGCUUGGAGCAUGCGCAAACUGCUACAUUCAAGCAAGUCACCUCCUUCACAUCGGAUUUUGGCCGGCCACACUGUCCUGGCUUCGAGUAUCUUUUUCCGAAGAAAAACAAGCAGAUUCAAUUCGAUUGCGUCCGGCUUUUUGUGGAUGAGCUGCCCGACGCCAAUAGCUAUGACGAAGAGAAGGACAGCAGCCACGCCCCGAUCGUUCCGGAAGACCUCCGCGACCCCAAGAAUUUUGGCGAGGCCGCCACGUGGAAAGAUUUGGUCGCAGCCGUGUUCGCGUACCGCUUGCAAAAUCCAGACGGCCACUCCGUCCGUGACCCUAUCCGAAUUACCUGCACCUUCGCCGAGCCGGAGGAAGAUCACGAGCCGGGUGACACUGAUGGCGCGGAAGGCGAUCAAAGCGCGGGCGAGGACCGUGACUCUUCCGAUGAGGAGCUCGAUGAGUUGGACGAGGAGGCAUAAAGAUUUCUCCGAAGACGUCGAUGGAGGCACGGCAAGCGAGGCGUGGGCAGCCGGCUGCACCUAAGUGCCUUCAACUCAGCUGCACUUUCUUCGCUUGGCAAGGACCAUAUUAGCUUUGUGUAUUUUAUCAUGGCCAGGGAUGAAGCUGCAGCUACGAAAAGACGCUUUCGAAUUCUGUUUCAGAUUUUCCCAACUUCUGAGGAGUUUUCUGCCUUGAUGAUUUUUUGGAAGACCAAACCCACAAAGAAAUGCAAGACAAGAAUGUAAUAAAAUGCGUAUGUUGUUCUUGUUGUGUAUGGUAAUGAAUAUCAUCCAUUUAAUUGGUCGAGAAGAAAACAGAAAAAGCCAGUAGACGCACUAGCGUUGUUGCGCAAAGAACCAUACGUGUUUCGUUCCUGUACAAUUGCGCUCCUCAUUGGACUUGUUUUUUUCAUAAUUGAAUAAAAUCGACGCGAU